AUGAUCCGCCUCACCGGAAAGCACCCUUGCAACACCGAGGCUCCCCUCUCCACGCUUUUCAGCCGGGGCUUCCUCACUCCUCAGAACCUCUUCUACGUCAGAAGUCAUGGCUAUACCCCUCGCGUCACCUGUCCACAAGCAAAAGCAUGGAGGCUUCGCGUGCACGGCCUCGUCGAUAACGGCAACGAGUUUUCCAUCCAAGAUCUAAAGGAAAGGUUCCAAGUCAUAACACUCCCCGUCACUCUCGUCUGUGCCGGCAACCGCCGCAAGGAGCAGAACAUGGUCGCAAAGGGCCUCGGCUUCAACUGGGGUGCCGCGGGCGUUUCCACUGGUCUCUUCACUGGAGUAUACCUUGCCGAUAUUCUCGACUACUGCAAGCCCAAGAGUCGCGCUCGGCACGUCAUCUUUGAAGGCGCCGACGAGCUCCCCCAGGGCAAGUACGGCACCUCGCAGAGAUUGAGCUGGGCCUUGGACCGGAAAAAGGGCAUGCUCGUCUCGUGGGGCCUCAACGGAGAGGAUCUCUCCCCAGACCACGGCUACCCCCUGAGAUUAGUUGUUCCGGGCCAGAUCGGGGGACGCAUGGUCAAAUGGCUCCAAAGCAUCGAGGUCUCGGAUCGUGAGAGUCAGCACCACCUGCACUUUUUCGAUAACAAGCUUCUCCCCACCGAGGUCACCGCGGAGCAGGCAAGGACCGAGGAUAAGUGGUGGUACGACCCCAAGUACAUCAUCAACGAACUCAAUGUCAAUGCCGCCAUUUGCUCACCCGAACACAACCAGCUGCUUCAACUUGCCCUUGAGCCCGAAACGCUCCCCAUCCAAGGAUACGCUUACACGGGCGGGGGACGUCGCAUUACUCGCGUUGAGGUGACGUUUGACGACGGACAGACCUGGAAAUUGGCCGACAUCACGUAUCCCGAGGACCUUUACCGCAUACACCCUGUCCAGGAUCACCAUUAUUUUGGCAAGAUUGACCUGAGCAUGACUGAGAUGAGCUUCUCCUGGUGCUUCUGGAAGCUCAACGUCAACGUGCAGUCUUGCCUAAUCAACCGCGACGUCAACGCCAUUGCAGUCCGCGCCAUGGACGAGGCGCUAAGCGUCAUGCCUCGAGACAUGUACUGGAAUGCCACCUCCAUGAUGAACUCAUGGUGGUUCCGCGUUGCUGUCCACAAGGAAGUCGACGGCAGGUGCCUCAGGUUCGAGCAUCCUACCGUUGCCGGCAACGCCAGUGGCGGCUGGAUGCAGCGCAUGAAAGAUUCCGCCAAAGAGGAUGCCGCUUCCAACAUCAUCACGGCCUCUGAACUGGCGCAGCACGCUGACGGUCAGGGGCCAACAUGUUGGUUCGUCAUCCAGAACCAUGUCUACGACGCCACUGGCUUCCUUCAAGACCACCCUGGAGGUGAUCAGUCCAUCCGCCUGGUCGCCGGUGAGGAUGUGACCGAGGACUUCAUGGCCAUCCACUCAAUGGAUGCCAGAAAGAUGUUGCGUCAGUUCCACAUCGGAAAGCUGGAAGACGAGGCAGCAAGGGAGAAAGCUUCAUGCCUGGACGUCGAGGCGCGGGAUGAUGCGUCUAAGCCGUUCCUGGAGCCGAGGCGGUGGAAGAAGGCCCGGUUGGUCUGCAAGAAACCCGCCUCGCAUGACUCGCGAAUCUUCCGCUUCGCUCUAUCGCACGACGAGCAAAAGCUUGGUUUGCCUGUGGGACAGCAUGUCUUCCUGCGGGCCAAGAAGAUCAAUGACGCCGCGGGAGAGGGAGAGAUGAUGCAGCGUGCCUAUACGCCGUAUAGCGACAACAACCAGCGCGGCUUCCUUGAUAUCCUCAUCAAGGUGUAUUUCCCUUCGCGUGGGAGCACCAAGGCAGGUGCUACUUUUCCAGGGGGCAAAAUGACCAUGCUUCUCGAAAACACGCGGAUAGAUGGCGGUUUAGACGAGUUAACCGUCGAGAUCAAGGGUCCUGUUGGCCAUUUUACUUACCUUGGCGACGGUCAAGUGCAAUGGGGGCCCGGCAAUCGUAUCCGCAAAGUCAGGCGGCUUGCCAUGAUUGCUGGCGGCAGCGGCAUCACUCCCAUCUGGUCGACGCUCAGGGCCAUCGCAGACGAGUAUAUGGCCUGCCCGCCGUCGAAGCGUCGCCAGCCCAUGCAAGUAUGGCUUGUCUACGGCAACCGAACCGAGAGGGACAUACUCAUCCGCGAGGAGCUUGACCGGCUGCUAUACUCGCUCGAGGGCAACUUGUGCAUCUGGCACGUCCUCAGCUCGGACGAGCAUUCCAGCAGCAGCUGGAAGAUGGGCCGAGGACACAUAAAUGUCGAAUGCCUGCGCCGGCAUCUCCCUCCGCCACCCUCCAUGGGGGCGGGCGACGAGAUUGGCGACACGCUCGCCCUCGUGUGCGGGCCUCCUCCCAUGGAAAAGGCUGUAGGCGCUGGGUUGCAAGAGCUCGGAUGGGUUCUCGACAGAGACGUGGUAUUUUUCUAA